ACCUGGCAACCCCGAAGGAGGAAAAUAUGCCCACAGCAGACUAGAGAGUACUUGCCAUUAAAGACGGCUGGCGGUGGAAGUAUCGGUGACCCGUUUCCAGAAUCUACUGUUCAGUUUUCUUGCCAACACAAAUUUGGAUCAACUUGGUAGAAAAACGAGAGGAAACCCCCAAAUCUUUUCCUAAAUGGUGGAGGACUGAUCUCAACCUCAUUCGUCCAACCCUCCUGCCAGUUGUGAGCCUUGUUGGCAUCUUCUCGAACAAGAAAAACUGUGGGAAAGUGGCCACUCUUGGAGCCCUUAUUUGACCACCAUCUUAAACACAUUUGAAGUGUUAAUACUGUCUUGAGGAAGUACGCAACCAAACAUUUCCUGGAUACUUCUGUGUGACAACAUGGCAAAAAAAAACAGCCCAAAGGAUACGUCAGGGGUGGUGUUUGACACACGCUCAAAAAUGGCCAUGUCCCAGGGAGGAACAGCUGAUAGGAUGAAAGAGAAGAUCAGUGCCGUCAGGGCAGUUGUGCCCAACAAAAGUAACAACGAGAUUGUGCUAGUGUUGCAGCAUUUCGAAAACUGUGUUGACAAAGCCGUUCAAGCUUUCUUAGAAGGCAGUGCAGUUGAGAUCCUGAAGGAGUGGAAUGUCACCGGCAAAAAGAAGCCCAAGAAGAAAAAGAAGCCCAAGCCUCAGCCAGAGGCUUCAGCCGAGCCUGCUCCACCUGAGGCCACGUCGCCUGAGGAGGGCAAGGAUGAGGUCAACGGCUUUCAUGCCAACGGAUCAGUAAUGGACGUAGAGUCACUUGAUUCUCUGAGUGAACAGCUGGACUCUGCCUCCCUGGAUGCAGCCGAGCUGGACUCUGAACCUGUUACAUCCGAAACCACCGGUGCAGAAGCAGAAAGUCAAGGUAGUGUUCCAAGUCCCCCCUUACAGCAAGGAGGGAGGAAUCACCAGGGUCCCAGAGGCAACAAGAACCGACACAGGCCAGGCUCCAAUUCACAUCCACUCACUUCCUCAUUUCCACCCAACACUGAUGAACACGGAUCAUCAGGAGUCAAGAAGAUGGCUCCCAACAUUGACCGCUCUGUGAAGGACCUGCAGAGAUGCACCGCCUCACUGACUCGCUACAGGAUAGUGGUCAAGGAGGAGAUGGACUCCUCAAUCAAGAGGAUGAAGCAGACGUUCGCUGAGCUCCAGAGCUCUUUAAUGGACCGAGAAGUGACUCUACUGGGAGAGAUGGACAAAGUGAAAGCAGAGGCCAUGGGGAUUUUGGACUCCCGGCAGAAGAGAGCGGAGGAGCUCCGACGGCUGACCGACCAGUCAGCAUCCAUGUCUGAGGAGCAGUUGACUGAACUGCGGGCGGACAUCAAGCACUUUGUGAGUGAGCGUAAAUAUGACGAGGACCUUGGGAAAGCUGUAAGAUUUACAUUUGAUCUUGAACCGCUGAAGGCGAGCAUCUUAGGGUUUGGAUCAGUUUACCAUCCGCAUACUGGCUACUCCCACCGGUCCCGCUGUAGCUCCACGUCCUCUUCGGUCGCCAGCCCGAGCCAGCUGGAGACUCCUCCUCCCCCCCAGACUCAAAGCACCCCCAAUGAACACCGCCCUCCACCAAACAAACAGAUUUUCCAAGGCAACAGGCGUACUUUCCAGGGACAAGGGUAUCAUUCGGGUGCUCAGAGGUAUAACGGCGCUUCCUACCAUGACCGGAACGCCGCUCGUGCUAACCACCGCUACCAGAGUGACAGUGGCUCUUCUGGUCCUUCGCAGCACUCACACAGCUCCAGAGGUCCCCACCAUUUCUCCACGUCCUCCUACAACCCAGACCGACCCUCUCAUAACGGGCUGCCCCAAAGGCCUCCGCGGACGCAAUGCCCCUGACAUUGGAAACCCCGUGCUUAAUCAAACCCAUCUACUAACCCUUGCACUCGUCUCCCCAUAGCCUCCCCCUUGCCUUCUACACUCUUCCCCUCUACUAACUCCUUUCAAUGAAGAAUAGAAUACAAGUUUACAUAUUUCUGUCAGUCGAGCUGUAGUGCCACCUCUCUACAUCAAACUUGAAACGCUUUCACUGUCCUGUAAUCGCUCAUCCUUUUUGCAUUUCUUCCAUCCUGGUUAAGGUAACCGCUUCUAUCUUUAGGCUCCCUUUGAGCGAUCUCGUUGCUAUGCUAUUGCCAGUCUCUGUUAUUUUCUACAUUUAAGCUGUCUGCCAGAGACCGCCAUGAUUACCUGCAACAUUUUGUGCACUAUUGAAGUUGAGCUCUUAGUUCUAUUUUUACGGUGGCUUAUGUCAGCUCUCUGAUUUGCACGUCAGAUCUAUUUUUUUUAAAUAUUUUUUUCUCGUCUCUCAGAACCAUUUCAAUGCCUUCACCGUGGAAAGCGUAGUAUAUGUGCUAGUGCUGCAGUUCUAGCAUUUACAGAGAUUUUUGUCAUCAUGAGAGUAGACCUGCAAUCAACACUACAGACUAUCAUUAAUCUUUACAAUGUAAAAAAAAAAAAAAAAAUGAAGCAUAUCAAACUGUAAUCCAGAGCUUUUCGUAUGGCUGCUACAAACCAUAGAGAACUUGUUAACACUAGGACUUAGAUGUGUUUGAGAGUAACUCUGUGAACAGAGAGGUUGCCGCCUUAAAGGAAUAGUUCGACAUUUGAGAAAUGGCUCAUUCCCUAACUUUCCGAGAGUUGGAUACGAAGAUGGAUACCGCCCUCGUGUCUGUACGAUAAAUAUGAAGCUGUCAACAGCAGCCGGUUAGCUUAGCACAAAGACUGGAAGCAGGUGGAAACAGCUUUGUUACCUGACCUAAUGUCACAAAAUCGGCCUUCCAGCACCUAAAGUUCAAUAAUCAACACUUUCUAUUUUGUUUAUUUUGUACAAAAACUGAAGUGUAAAGACACCAAGUUGUGGUUUUAUGGGGGGCGCGGGGGUUAUGUGCCAGGCAGGUGGCGCAAAGCCAGCGGUUUCCCUUGUUUCCAGUCUUUAUGCUAAGCUAAGCUAAUCAGCCGCUGGCUGUAGCUUCAUAUUUACCGUACAGACGUGACCGCGGUAUCAAUCUUCUCAUCUAAUUCGCUGCAAGAAAACAAAGAUGCACGUUACUCAAAAUGUGGCGCUUUUCCUUUAAAUAUUGCCUAAGACAGUGAUGCGUCGCGCUCCCACUGGCCAACGGUUAUCGUGUGUGCUGUUGUUGGCUUGCUGUCCGUUAUUUUGUAACAAAGAGAGGGCUCAUUACCGUUUUGUAGAAUACUGUUAAAUAAUGUCAAAACUCACAACAAAGGAAACUGUCUACAUGCUGUUGUAUAUUUAGUCCUUUACAAUUCUUCAAAUGGAUUUUCUUCCACACACAGUUUCUUCUUUGUGUUCUUGCGUUGUUAUAUGCAGAUGGACGGCAUAUUAAUGACAUGCUUGCCUUUAGUCCCAGAGAGACUUCACAUUUGCCUUUCUAGAGACAUAGAUGUCUGCAUCAUGAUGGCUUCCUAAACAGAUGGUACUUGUAGAGGAGAUGAUUUAUAAUUAUAUGUGUAAGAAUAAGAUCUUUUCUUCCUUUUUUUUUUAUAUUCUCAAUUUAUCCCAUCCAUGAACGUAAAACUGAUCAAACCGAUGAAUGAAUUAGAAGGUUGUAUUGAGCUAAGAAUUUUUUUUUUUUUUGGUCUUCUAUGGCUGCCAAGUAGACGCUUUAAGGCUGUUUUUGGGGUUAUGUCUCAUCGUACUGUCCACAGCUUCUAACAGAAAGCUGGUGCGUACCUCGGUGCUGAUGAUAUGAAGCGGCCUGUCUUCUGGCAGUGGGCUUUAAUUUAAGGGACCGGGACCCCCGGUGAUGCCUCUUCUCUUCUUGUAGUUAUGUACAUACAGCAUGUGAAGCGCCAAGGCUGUAAUGUAACUGACUGGUUGUUACAUAAUUGCUGCAUUUUCUCCAUAAUGUGUCGUCUUCCUUUUGAGCAGACUUCUCCCCCCCCCCCCAUUGUUUGUUUCCUUGUGGGUUUUCAUAUGAUGGGGAGAUUUUUCUUCUUAUUUAAGAGAUUCAAAACCCCCAGUGAUUAUUAGUUAAUAUUGUGGAGAGAAGAGCGUUAACUUGUUUGGUGAAUAUGUACUAGAACGACACGUUUUGACUGAAAUCGUCAUCGCCCGUAGUUGCAGAUGGUUUGAUUUACUCCAGUAUAUGGAGAUGCUGGAUUUGUUCAAUCAUGACUCAAAGAGAGUAGAUUGUGUCUGCCUCACUUUAACCACUUUUUUUGUUUUACAUUCCAAACUGUAGGAAUAUUAGGUUAUCGCCAAAGAAAUAAUUUUGUCCUUUUUUUUUUUUGUUUUUUUUUUUUGUUUGCUCGGCCUGUAAAGAAUUCCAAAGGGGAUAAAUCCAACACUUCACCUUUUUUUCUUCUUCCUAUACUACUUUUAUUUUCUGAUUCCUUACUGUAUAUACAUAUAUGUAGCUAUAUAAUUUUGUGCUCACAUGGGGCAUUUUGUAUGUGAUAUUCAUAUUAGGCAUAAAUAAUGGAGGUUAGACAUUUAGUUAAUUCAUUCUUCCAGUAGACCUUGUGUCCUCCUCAAGACAACCUUUCUGAGACAACUGUUUACUCAAGUGCCUUUUCUUGUCUCCCACUGAUUCAUUGACAUCCCCUCCACCAGAAUAUGGACCAAAGACAUCGACCGUCCCCAACACCCCCUCUCUUUCUCCCCACUCACUGAAUUGCACACUUUUUAUUUACUAUGAAUAAACAGUUUGCAAUACUGA